AUGGCCCCACAAGUAUUAAUUGAAACACCAACCAACGUCAAAGAAUCAUUCCUACAUCAUUCGAAGCACAAGACUUUGAACAAGAGACAACUGACCCAAUACAAUUGUUUCUUUGAGGUUGAUGGCAAAAAGAUCAAAUGCCAUCCAUUUACGAGAUAUUUUUGGGAAUGUGUACACUACGAUUCAAAAUCGAAUAAGGAAACCACACAUCAUUGGGAAAUGGAUGAAAAUAAUAUAAACAAAUAA